AUGAGUGUGGUCAGGUUGUUCGGAUGCUUUGUUUUUGUUCUGGCAGUCUGUCUGGCUCAGAAUUCCACUAUUGGAUUACAGAACUCAACAUUUGCAGCAGACGGAUCUUCUGAGUCUGUAUUUUCUGAAUGUCCGCACUCUCACACAGGAUUCUGCUAUCAUGGUACAUGCCGGUUCCUUGUAUCAGAGUGGUCAGCUUCGUGCAUAUGCUAUCAAGGUUACGUUGGCACCCGUUGCCAGUAUAUGGACUUGUUACAAGUGAUGGCAGGAGACCCACGUUCCUUCACCACCAUUGUGGCUUUAUCAGUGACCUUUUUGGUCGUAUUGUUGCUGGUAGGAAAUACGUGCCUUGGUGUAUACUUAUGUAGAAUAAGGAGAGAGAGCAACAGGCUGGCCCUUCUGAAAAACAUGGAAAUUCAAGCAUGGAAACAGCAGGUGGACAACUUGCUUCUUAUGGAACGAUACCACUUUCUCGGAAUAGGCAAAUUAGAGACGCACGAAUACAUGCUUAUGCGCUGGAACGCACACAGAGACACCUGA